AUCAUAAACCGUUGAUAACCUUACUGGAGGAACAUAAGUCAGUUCCACAGUUAGCGUCGGCACGGAUUAAGAGAUGGUCCCUUCUUCUGGCAGCAUACAACUACACGAUUGAGUUUAUUUCUGGAAAAGAAAAUGUCUAUGCAGACUUUCUUUCAAGGAAACCUAUUAACAUACAACCAACUCCAAAGGAACAGGUAGAGGUUAGAGUCAUGUUUAUUGCAGGAGAACAAAUUGUUAAUUCCACAAUGGUUGCCAUGGAAACUAAGAAAGAUCCAGUCUUAAGUAACGUACUAGAUUUUACGAAGAAUGGGUGGCCAGAAAAACCACAACCUGAAUUACAACCUUAUCAUACUAGGCGAUUAGAAUUAUCACAUGAAGAUGGAAUUUUGUUAUGCGGGACACUCGAGUUGUAAUUCCAGAAUCAUUACGCGAUAUUCUACUGAAGGAUUUACAUGUCGAACAUUUCGGAAUAGUGAAGAUGAAACAACUGGCGCGUAAAUACCUAUGGUGGCCUAAACUUGACAAAGAAAUCGAAGAAACAGUUAAGUCUUGUAUGGCAUGUCAGGAAGAAGCCAACUGAUUACCAAAUGCAUCUCAACAAGCAUCAUGGUCUUGGCCUGGAGGCCCUUGGAAGCGUAUUCAUUUAGAUUACGCAGGUCCAUAUCUAGGGAAAAUGUUCUUAGUCGUUGUCGACGCCUAUUCCAAGUAUCUUGAGAUUGUCCCAAUGUCUAAUGCUACUUCAACUACCACCAUGUCUAAUGCUACUUCAACUACCACCAGCUUUACGACAUAUUUUCAGCAGUUUUUGACUACCUGAACACAUUGUUUCAGAUAAUGGUAGCCAAUUUACCAGUGAGGAGUUUCAGAAAUUUCUGAACGAUAACAAUAUUCAACAUACUACAACCGCUCCAGGACAUCCUGCAACGAAUGGAUUGGCAGAAAGGUAUGUGGGUAAUUUUAAAGAUAAACUAAAGAAAAUGGGGGACUCAGGAGAGCCAUUGCAGACAAAACUAGACCGGUUUUUACUGACGUGCAGAGCUACCUCUACAGGUUUAGGAAAGUCACCAUCAGAGUUGCUAAUGAACAGGCAACCACGGAUCCGAUUGAGUGCGCUUAGGGCGAAACAAUCGAAAAAUGAAGUCAAAAUAUUUCAAGAUAAUCUAGAUAAUCAACCAAAGUACAGUCAGAAUCAAGCAGUAUUCGCACGAAAUUUUGGCAAAGGAGCACGAUGGCUUCCAGGGGUUAUAGUAAAGAUAAUUAGUCCUAGAAAUUAUGACGUGAAGGUGGGGGAUGUUAUGUGGAAACGACAUGAAGAGCAAUUGCGUCCACGACACAUACCUAGUUUUGAAAACGCGGAACAAGCGAAGUCGGAGAUGGAACAAAAUUGGUUCCCAGAAACGAAGACAGAAACAAACAAAAGAGAAACGAUUCCUGCACACACGGAGGAUAGGGUACCUGCAGUACUAAGUGGGGUUGCGAACGAGUUCAUUACGUUCACCCCAGUUAACACGAAAA